UACGUUGAAAGCGGAAGUAAACAAAGAGCACAUCGCGGUUCAGUAACGUUACAGUACCUGACAUGCGAGGGAUUGUGUGUUUAUUGUCGUUGUUAAAUGUCCUGUAAUUUUGUUCGUCAUAGUAACGUUAUAGUUUAUCAAAUUAUCAUUAUCUAAUGAUAAAUACAUAAUUUGUUCAUUCUUUAGCUUGCUGAAUAUGCAGCUUUAGCAUGGCUAGCAGAGCAGCAGUAGUUUUAAAAUCAAUUCCAGUCUCUUAAAAUUUCUGGACAGACAUAGACAUUAAAAUUUGGAGGACAACAGUACAGUUUCGGUGUCAAACCCAUAUAAACUAGCAAAACCAUUUGAAAACGACGGUAAAUCUUCGUUUAAGAUAUAGAAAUGAACGGGCAAGCUGAAGUAGAGGUGGAUUACAAGAGAAAAUACAAAAAUCUCAAACGCAAGUUAAAGUUUCUGGUAUAUGAGCAAGAGUGUUUUCAGGAGGAGUUGAGAAGAGGUCAGAGGAAACUAUUAAAAGUUUCUAGAGACAAAAGUUUUCUGUUGGACAGACUGUUGCAGUAUGAAAGGGUGGAUGAAGAGUCUUCUGAUUCUGAUGCAACAGUUUCCUCAGACAGCGAUGGAGAAGGAGCCCGGGAGAGAGACAGGGAAGCAGGGAAGAAAAGGAGGAGUCCUGGAGUUCCUUCCGUCCCUUCGUCCUCAUCCCCUCAUCUCUCAUUCCUGUCCCACUCUGGUGCAGGUCCUCUCCAGUCAUCUUCUCCAGCACAGUACCUCAACACUUUACCCUUCCCUCCUGAGUAUUUGGCUCCCUCUGCUGAGCGAGUGAAGAAAGAGAGAAAAACUAAACUGGCCAAACACAGGAAAGAUGGUUCAGGGAAGGUGGUUGGCCCACUCACCUCCAGUUACCCUGCGGGCAGUGGUGCAGCUGGGGGUGCGAGUGGGCCGUUCAGCUGGGUCCCACAGCAGAUGCUGAGUGAGGAUGCAGCUGAGGAGGAGGAGGAGAGUGAAGGAGAGAGUGAACGAGGAGAGGAGGAGAGAGGAGAGGGUGAUGAGCCAGAGCUGGUUAUUGACAUACCCAAUGAGUGAAGGUGCUACAUGAAACGGCAAGCAACAUAUUUUUUCAAAAUCAUUUUUGUUCAAUGUAUUUUUAAUGUCCUCUGUUUUUUUUUAUUAAAUAUUAAAAAUGUUCCCCCGUGUUUCUGUCUGUACUUUCUUUAAGUAGUUUUUGAGUCCAUACACUAGCACCUGUUCUCAAACACCAGCUCUGAUUUGUGAAAUUCCAUAUUUAUGACUGAAAAUUUUUCUUCUGAUUUGCUUGUAGACAGUGUCUGAAUGUUCUUUUGGCCAUAAAAAUGACUUUAGCUGCAUACAUGUAGUGUUGAUGUGGGGGAAUGCUGACACACGGGUAGUCUUUAAGGUGUGUGAGAGGUGUGUGUACUUGUUUGUGUGCAUUAUAGCAAUGCUAAAAUGAGGUGUAGUCACUGUGAUUUUGAAAGGGAGGGAUGGAUGAAAGAGAGUGAGAGAGUGAAAGGGGGAGGGAUGAUUGAAGUGAGAUUGUGCUCAGACUCAUUCUGCAUAGACGAAGAGAGAGAGAGAGAGAGACAGAGAGCUGCUAGUUCAGCACGCACUGUUAGCUGCAGUCUUUGCUUUGUUGUACUGAGGGUUUCAGCCAUGCUGUUUGCUCUGCCCAGGCUUGCUGUGUUCAUUUCUGCAGUGCUGUUUGAUGGUGUUGUGGUCCAGGCAAGUACACUCACGGAUCAUGAUCCAGGGUUCCUCCAGUGUCAAGAGUGUUUUUUCAGAGGCAACCCUCCACAGUCAUUGUCUGAGCUGGGUCUGGAGCAGAGGUGUCACAGACAUCUGACCGGUCGGCCUUUUGCAUCGCUCUAUAACACUAACUGCCAAACCACAGUCUAUACAGCUCUUCACUUCAGCUUGAAUAAUGGAUGGGACGGAGAGCAGAGCACGCAGGAUGCCAAAGAAGAGAUCAAUGACUCCCCUGUGGCCAUCCCAGCUCUUUACAGAGGAACCACAGAUGAGGUCCCAUCAUCCCAUCACAACUACCCUCUUCUGAAAUGGGAUGCUCUGACAGCAGUGUUCAUACAGAGCUCCGUCAUACCAUUGUGUUCAAAGACAAGUGGAGAGAUGUAUGUGCAGACUGGUGUGGGUGGGUUAAAUGAGUGCAUGGGGAAACUGUUGUGGUCAGCAGUGUGUUGUGCUGCAUCAGAUGGAGAUGAUAGUUUCAGUGUUGGGCUAGUGAAGGAGGGGGACGUGAAGCUGCUCAGCAUUAAGGCUUUGGAGGAGCUAAUAGGAGUUACAGGCCUGUUUUCAGGAGGUUGUGGUGAAGUAGGACAUCAAGAGGAACUUGAGUCGCUCUUGAAAAAGCAACUGAAUGGCAUCAAAACACCCAACCCUGAAGUGCAAAGUGAAGAACACCUCAGCAAACACAACUCUCUGGAACCAGAGACGAUAGAGAAGGUGACUUCGGAGCAUGUUAAUGGUGAAGCUCCAACCUACGUAUCUUCUUUGAGUUCAGACAUGGACAUUCAGGAGAGCACCAAUGAGACCGAGAGAUCAGAGUCUGUCCUCCUUUAUGUUUUGUCUUCCAUCAUCUCUCUCCUUUAUGCCCCUUUCUCCCCGAUCGUGAACAGAGCCAUUAACCUUCCCUUCCAGCUAACCUACAUUCUUCAGGAAGAUCUGGCUGUUCUGGCCUCGGUGCCUGGUGACAGCUACACUUUGGUCAACAACUUGGGUUCAGGAGUGUCUUCAGGCAUUUUGUGUGUGUUGAGCACCUUGUACCAGACAGGAGAAACAAGCGUGUGCACGGCUUACUCCUGCCUCAGUCCGUUAGCCGACAGCCUGUUCACAGCAUUCCAGGAGGGAUUCAUAGGGAUGGGCACUCUGGCAUUGGAUACCUUGGGGAUCAUGAUGGGAAUGUUAGGGAAUGGUUUCAGGAUGAUCAGGAUGAUUCUCGGGUCAGUCUGGGAUCAGACGGUAGAUUACCUAUGUGCCGUUUCCUCAGAAAUGGGCCAACAGGUGUCAACAGUUGGAAAUGGGGUUGGCAUACUUACCUGGAGAAGUGGAAGGGGGGUGGGCCAACUGCUCAAAAUUGUGGCAUCGAUCAUCAGUGGAGUAGUGGACAAUACAAUAUCGAAUGUCCAGGAAGCUUUUGGAAGGAGCUUAGGGGUAAUCCUCUGAAUUGCGAACACCUAAAUUGCUGAAAUCUGAAGUGGUCGGUGAAUAGACUUAAAUGUGUGUAUAUGCUUGUGUUAGAUAUCUUAUUUGCAUAUUACACCACAAAUAGAGUGCAUAAGUCCCUGUCCACUUUUUUCAGUGGCCUUGGUUUCCGGAAGUAUUUUUCCUUUAUUUAUUUUUUAUAGAGAAGUCUUUGUUAAAGAGUUAUAAGCCAUAAAACCAAACCAACGAUCUACGAAGGGAUCAUCACAUUACAAACUUUGAUUAAACCAAAAAGUAUUUGAAAAUCUGUCUCAAAGGUACAAGACUGUGUACUUAACAUUUAUUUUACGCUUAUUGCAAUAUAUGCAUCUAUGUACAAAUUAUGUAAUUCCCAGUGUUUCAUGGAAGUGGGCAGCUAAUUGGUGCAAUUUGCUUGGCUCAGAAUCAUAAUAUAGUUUUUCACCAUGAAUUCCCCUUUUAAAAUUGAUCCUUUAAAAGUUAAGUAGAAAUCAUGCAGACUGAUGGCUUCAGCAAAGGCAUAUACGAUAUUGUUUAACAAUUUUGUAGCUCACAGAAGGUCAAAAAUGUACAAGUUAUUGAUAAAAUCAGAUACUGAAUGGAAUUUUUUACUUCCGGUACCUGACCUUUGCACUCUGUAGUGUCCGACUAUUGCUGAAUGUGCACUGAAUAUUAACCAUAUGGCAUGUGGUUAUGAAUCAUGAAACCUCUAUUUUACUUUCUGCCUUAAAAUACCUACAUAAACAUCCAAAAAGGAAGGCACAGGGUGAAUCGCAACUCUUUCAAGGUGCUGAGAAAUGUUUAUGUUUGAAGUGUCAGAAAGAUUAUGUAAUUGUUGUGUAAUGUUGGUAAUUUCAUCUAACAUACAAAGACCGUGCUGUCAUGGUUUAUAUGCUGCAAUAAAACCUCUUCUCUGUGA